CCACCUCCGGGCGCCCCGCUCAGCCUCUUCCGCUGCCGCCGUGGGAAUGGAAACAUCUGGCCCACGUGCCGGAAGCCCGCUCGCGGCGGCGACGGCGGCGCGCCACUCCGUGUCCUAUCGCGCCAAACCCCUGCGGCUGUCAUCGCGAGACGAGCUCGCCGAAAUGGCCGCUUCCAGUCAAGGAAACUUUGAGAGAAAUUUUGAGUCACUGGACCUUGCAGAAUUUGCUAAAAAGCAGCCAUGGUGGCGCAAGCUAUUUGGGCAGGAAUCUGGGCCCUCAGCUGAAAAAUACAGCGUGGCGACCCAGCUGGUAAUUGGAGGUGUCACUGGAUGGUGCACGGGUUUCAUAUUCCAGAAGGUUGGAAAGUUGGCUGCAACAGCUGUGGGAGGUGGAUUUUUUCUCCUUCAGCUUGCAAACCAUACUGGGUACAUCAAGAUUGACUGGCAGCGAGUAGAGAAGGACAUGAAGAAAGCCAAGGAGCAACUGAAGAUCCGUAAGAGCAGCCAGAUACCCAGCGAGGUCAAAAGCAAAGCAGAGGAGGUAGUGUCAUUUGUGAAGAAGAACAUUCUAGUGACUGGUGGAUUUUUCGGAGGCUUUCUACUUGGCAUGGCAUCCUAAAGAGGUCAACUUCACUUCCAUUAUUCCUGUGUUUUCCAGCCAGCAGCCUCUACACUCCAUCAUAGACAUCAAGUAUCUCCUGCUUCUCUUCUUCUGUGCCUUCCUCCUCCCUGCUGCGGCAUAUCUGAAUGGCUUCUAUAGGCAUCUGUCGGUACAAGUUGAUAUGGCCCUACCCUGAGCUCGAUGGCAACGGAAGAGACCAUAGACGUUAGCUCUUCUCCCAGCACACUCCCCACUUGACUAAUCUGUAGGUCAGCAAAAAUGUUCCUUUCCCUCCUCCCAUAUAAGAUACUUAACAGAGCAUGGUAUAAGAUGGCCCAGCUUGGAGGAUGAGUGGAUCCUCAGAGGUUGUCGCAGACUUGCUUUGGAAAGAAAUAAUAAGCAUAUAGAUACCUUAUGUGUUGCAUGGAAAGGAACUGAAUAUAUUUGCCUUUAAGCAUGAAAGACUUGGUAUCUUGGUGUCUACUUUCUUUUUUUUAGUUGCUUUUAGAUUACAGAAAGAGAGCUAUUUAUAUGCUUGCUGUAAUUAUUCUGACCAAAAUGGCAGUAUAAGCACUAUAAUGGAAAAAUCUGAAUAUGGAAUGAACUUGUGCUGAGCUGAAGGUAUUGUGUUUGGAGGGAACGUCUUUAGGGAAACCAACCAAUAGAUACACUGUUGAAUGGUCAAACUUAGUGAAUCACUUAAAGGUGUUAAGAUACUAUCCAGGGAUGUAUUCCACCAUAAAGCAACUCAUGGCUAUUUCCACAGGGUUUUUUCAUGGUGAAAUAAGUGACUUUAGGUGGGAGAUGGAAGAAGCUCUUGGAUUUUUAUCUCAUAGGAACGGUUUUAAGCUUUGAAACGUUAAGUAUUAUUUACCUCUUGUCAAAACUUUAGGGGUAGCCAUAGUUCCUGUGUGAAAUUCUACUACUUCUCUACCUAGUUGGUAUGAAAUAUCUCACAUUUGAGCCACAGUUUUAAAGAGCUGGCGUUCCAGGCAUUCAGAGUGGAGAACAAUAGCAGCGACAUGUGUGAAGUAAAUUAUUGCCAUCUUCCAACAUAACGUGCUGUGUCAGUGACCCCACCUCUUCGAAUUAUUCUUCAAAAUAAAAGUUUACAGACACAUA